AUGAGGUUGGUCAAGCGCCAUAUUGAGCCAGAUGGCUCUGGCAGCGUGACAUUAUACCCUGAAGAACCGGAAGACAUGGUGGGCGCUUCUAAGGUCUUCUUCUGCGCGAUACUAACAGAUGCAUUGCAGUGGCACGCGCACAACCUGAUUCGGCCCUCUGAUCUCCUCACUGCUUCGGCUAUCCGUCGCGUCACAUCAGAAUCCGCAUCGACAGGCUCGACUUCCUCGCACCGAGUCCAUGUCAACCUCACAAUCCGAGUCAAGUCUCUAGAUUUCGACCCCCAGGCUGGACAACUACAUGUCUCUGGGAGAGUAGCUCGUGAGAACAAGCAUACAAAGAUUGGACAGCAUCAUACCCUGGACCUCGAACUGAACCGAAAUUUUACCCUUACAAAGGAAGUCGAAGGGAAAGAUGGCGAGCAAGGUUGGGACAGCGUUGCAAAGGAACAACUCGAGGAAGCUACCAACCCCCAGAAAAAAGCCGAAAUUGUGGCAGUCGUGAUGGAAGAGGGCCUGGCAAAUAUCUGCUUCGUUACACAGUAUCAGACCCUUCUCCGCCAAAAAGUUACAAUGAGAGUUACCCGAAAAAGAGACGGAGCAAAGAGGUCGGCAAAACACGACAAAGGACUCGAAAAGUUCUUCAAAACAGUCCUGGAUACAUUGCUAAGGCAGGUGGAAGGCCUUAUCGAACAGACUGAGGAAGCCAAGACAAUCCCGAUCCUGCUUGCAAGUCCCGGCUUUACCGCAGCUGGCUUUCUCAGGUAUGCGUCAGAAAGAGCCUUCGCUACUAGCGAGAAACUACUACAAAGCCUAGUCAAGCGAAAGGCGUUCAUCGUUGUUCAUAGCAGUGCCGGCCACCUUUACAGUCUCAACCAGGUUUUGAAGAGCCCAGAAGUCAGGGUCAAAUUGAAGGAUACAAAAUACGCUAGAGAAACACGCUUAAUGAACGACUUCUUUGAGAUGUUGCGGAAAGAUGAUGGUCGUGCGUGGUAUGGUCCUAAAGAAGUCGAAGCGGCUGUCGAGGAGGGUGCUGUCGGCAGAGGUGGAGGUAAGCUCAUCAUCACCAAUUCACUGUUUCGUAAUCAAGAUGUGGCUACACGGAGGAGAUGGGUACGAUUAGUGGACCGUGUAAGGAAAGAAAGUGGCGGAGAUGUCAGGAUCCUGAGCAGCGACCACGAGAGCGGGAAGAGAUUGGAGGGCUUGGGGGGAAUCGCUGCCAUUCUGACUUAUCCAAUUGUCGAUCUAGGUGAUCCGGAAGAGGAGCAGGUAGCUGUAGUGAAUGGGAAUGAUCCACCAUGA